AUGUCUACUCACGGAUUGAGCCGAUUCGUCGGUAUAGCGAGAUCCGUUAUUUUAACGGCGCAAGAACUUGUGGAAAUUCGAGCCGCACAAAGAACCUUCGAGGGAGCAUAUAUUAGGACUGCUUUGGGGCAAUUUAGUUUCGCUUUGGUAGUAUUAAAGAUCUUUACUGCCGAAUUCUACAGUAUUGGGGCCUUAUUCGCGACAUAUGGAGCCGGCAUCCUAAUGGUCAGCUUGUACAGGAGAUACGAGGGCAACAGGCAAUUCUUCAGCGAGAUAGAUGGGGAUGGCAUGGGAAGGAAGAAAUUUAGGACCAGUGGGAAUGCCGUGGUUGUUUUGACGACGCUGAGUCUUGUGGCUUAUGUUUUACUGAUUGGGUUGACCAUAAGGCUCGAGACCUGA